GCUGAGGACCCACACUGGGGGGCUUCAGACACCGUCACAGUGAACGAGAAUGGAGGAUGAUGAUUAUAACACCUCCACCACUUAUGAAGAUGACUACCUUGACGAUUUCGACUCCUUGGUGGUUUCAGAAGAGUUCUCGCCCUUGGAAGUCAGGGUGGCCAGGAUCUUCCUGGUGGUGGUUUACAGCAUUGUCUGCUUCCUCGGGAUCCUGGGCAAUGGUCUGGUGAUCGUCAUUGCCACCUUCAAGAUGAAGAGGACGGUGAACACCGUCUGGUUCCUCAACCUGGCUGUGGCGGAUUUCCUGUUCAACCUCUUCCUUCCCAUCCACAUUGCCUAUGCUGCCAUGGACUACCACUGGGUUUUUGGGACGGCCAUGUGCAAGAUCAGCAAUUUCCUGCUCAUCCACAACAUGUUCACGAGCGUCUUCCUGCUGACGGUCAUCAGCUUCGACCGCUGCGUCUCUGUGCUCCUCCCCGUCUGGUCCCAGAACCACCGCAGCGUCCGGCUGGCCUAUGUGGCCUGCGUGGCCAUCUGGAUCCUAGCUUUCUUCUUGAGCUCCCCAUCCCUCGUCUUCCGGGACACGGCCAAUCUGCAUGGGAAAAUAUCCUGCUUCAACAACUUCAGCCUGUCCGCAGCCGGGCCGUCCCUACGACUGGACCCUGUGGGGUACAGCCGGCACAUGGUGGUAACUGUCACCCGCUUCCUCUGUGGCUUCCUGGUGCCGGUCCUCAUCAUCACAGUCUGCUACCUCACCAUCGUCUGCAAGCUGCAGCGCAACCGCCUGGCCAAGACCAAGAAGCCCUUCAAGAUCAUUGUGACCAUCAUCAUCACCUUCUUCCUCUGCUGGUGCCCCUACCACACGCUCUACCUGCUGGAGCUCCACCACACUGCUGUGCCCAGCUCCGUCUUCAGCCUGGGUGUGCCCUUGGCCACCGCCAUUGCCAUUGCCAAUAGCUGCAUGAACCCCCUUCUGUACGUCUUCAUGGGCCAGGACUUCAAGAAGUUCAAGGUGGCCCUCUUCUCCCGCCUGGUCAAUGCUCUGAGUGAGGACACAGGCCACUCUUCCUAUCCCAGCCCCAGAAGCUUUACCAAGAUGUCAUCGAUGAACGAGAGGACUUCAAUGAAUGAGAAGGAGACGAGCAUGCUUUGAGCCUCACCUGGGACCCUCCCACCCCAGGGAUGCCCGAGGAUAUCUUCAGAAGACCAAGACGAGAACCUCUUUAACCCACCAGUGCCUACUGCAUUUUGUGUGGGUAUGAACAGUGUUUUAAGCUGAGCCUAGAACCCCUUUCU